AUGAUUUAUCUCAAAGUGCUAGCAUUACACGCUAUCAUCGUACUAGGACUCCGGGUCAUUGGAGUCGCCAUAGCUCAAGGGUGCGCUCCCUCAGCUGCACAACUGCCCGAGCCCUCCGACCUCCCCAUCAUCUCCACCCUCCCGGAUCCGUUCACCUUCCGCCUCUCCGACCGUCGCGUGCGCUCCCGCGCAGACUGGGAUUGCCGCCGCGCGGAGCUCAAGACGCUCGUCCAGCACUACUUGUAUGGCUACUGGCCCGACCCCACACGCGAGACGGUCCGCGCAUCUCGCGACGGCAUCAACCUAACAAUCUCCGUGUCUGUCGACGGCAAGACGGCCUCAUUCCCGGCGAACAUCACCCUACCAUCUGGAGCCUCGCGCGCAAACCGCGUGCCGGUGGUCAUCGCGACGGGCCCGCUGGUCCCUGUGCCUCCAGAGCCGUUCCUAGAGUCAGGCGUUGCGGUAGCGGCGUUUGACGUCAAGUAUGUCGCGAACGACUCCUACGCGCGCAUUGGGGCGUUCUGGGACCUGUAUGCGGACCGCGAUAUAGGUGUCAUGACCGCAUGGGCGUGGGCUGAAAGCAAGAUCCUCGACGCGCUCGGGGAGGUCGUCCCGGAAGUCGACACCUCCCGCGUGGGCGUUGUGGGCUGCUCGCGCUACGGGAAGACAGCGCUCGCGGCAGCAAUCUUCGACGAAAGGGUAAAGCUCGCGUUGGUCAUGUCAAGCGGUGCCGAAGGCAUAGGUCCCUGGCGGUAUUAUUACGAGAGCAAGGGCGCAGCGGAGAAAGUCGAGAACAUCACGACGAAGUAUGGAUACUGGAGCACGACCGAGCUCUGGAAGUUUGACAACGUCACCGGCAACUCAACUAGAAUCCCGUUCGACGCCCAUGAGCUGGUGUCCCUGGUCGCUCCGCGUGCGAUUCUCUGGGAUGAAGGCGAAGAGGAUUGGUGGACCAAUCCGGAGGGAUCGGUCAGCGUAGUGUACGGCGCUUCGAAGAUCGUCUUCGACUGGUUGGGUAUCGGCGACAAAGUCGGUGUGCACGUUCGUCCUCCGCCCGACGACCUUCACUGUGGGCUGUCUGCAUACCCAGCUGCGCAGCCUUUCGUUCAAAAGGUUUUCUUUGGCACACCGACCAAUGUCAACUUCAGCAACAUCUCACCUUUCCCGCCCCAUCCCGAGGCGUACCCAUGGGCAUCCUCCCUUCCGCCACAAUAA